AGUAAAAAAAAACUCCUCUCUCUCUGUUAAAAAAAGGUCUGUUCUUGAUGCUCUUUAUGCUUCCAACAGUCUUUGGUGAGGCAGGCAGACCUCAUAUUAGAAAAAUUGCCAAAUUCUUCAUAUUCCCUUCUCCUCAUUUCUUGUCUUAUUCUUGACAAUCUCUUCCAGUUUUUACCCAAUUCUACUUGUGGCUUUCCAAUAACACUUUGUGAUUUCCCAAGAUUCCUUUUACCUUUACCUUUUCUUCCCCACAAGAUGCGAUUUUGAUUGAUUUUUCCAGCUUCACACACCAACUGUUCUUGUAAUUCUCUCACUAGACCUUCAAAUCUCAACUUUCUUGAUAGCCAUCAUUGAAUUCUGAGCUUGUUUUGCUGCAAGAUUGAUCUGGGCCUCAUAAAGAUUCAACCUUUACAUGAUUUUUCUUGAGUUUUCAAGCUUUUCAGCAAGAUAUACAAGUGGGUGUGUGUUAAAAUGCCUUUGAAUUGCAGGUUUUGCUGCAAGAUUGAUCUGGGUCUCAUAAAGAUUCAACCUUUACAUGAUUUUUGUUGAGUUUUCAAGCUUUUUGUCAAGAUAUACAAGUGGGUGUGUGUGAAAAUGUCUUUGAAUUGCAAGACUUCUGGGUUAAAUGGAAGGUUGUUGACCAGGUCAAAGAUGAGGAAGCCUCUGAGAGGAUGUAAUAGUGGCUGGAAAUGGAAAAGAUUGUUCCUUUUUGUGUGGGUACCUGUUGUAAUUGGGUUUGGUUUAUCUUUGUUUAGUGGUGUGUUUAGGAAGAAGAUGGAGACAUGUGAAGAUAAUUCUUUGGUGUUGGUUGAACAGUUUAAUAAUGUUAGUAAAGAUCUUCUUCAUGAAGUAGCUUCUUCAUUCUUUGAAUCAGAUCAGAUAACCACUUUGAAUUGUACCAAACAAUUUGGAAACGGAAUGUCAACAAAACAUGAAAUUUCUUGUACUCUAAAAGUGCCGGAUCAUGAACAUAAUGCGGAAUUGUGGGGUCAAUGUCCUGUUCAUGACGAUAAAGCUCCUAUGGUACAAAGCUCGUCGGUACAUGAAAAACUUGCAAGAGACGAUAACGAUGUUCUUAAAGUAUGCAUGUGGGCCCUUUUUAUAAUCGCGCUAUGUUCCCCAAUUCGUUGUUUGUGGAUGAACCGUAAAGGUAAAAUGAAGAAGACGGAGCAUGCACAAAGCUCGUCGAGGAGUGGUGGAAAGUGGAUGAAGAAGCUUCUAGUUGUAUUUGUGCUUGCUGGUGUUAGUCUAUCGAUUUGGUUAUUUUGGUACUUAAACGAAGGUAUUCAGUUACGAAGAGAAGAAACUUUAGAGAGCAUGUGUGAUGAACGCGCACGGAUGUUGCAAGAUCAGUUCAACGUGAGCAUGAACCAUGUUCACGCGCUUGCGAUUCUCGUCUCCACUUUUUAUCACGGGAAACAACCUCCGGCUAUUGAUCAAGAAACUUUUGGGGAAUACACGGAACGAACGUCUUUUGAACGGCCGUUAACUAGUGGUGUUGCGUAUGCUCUAAGAGUGCGUCAUUUUGAACGAGAGAAAUUUGAGAAAGAACAUGGAUGGACGAUAAAGAAAAUGGAAACCGAAGAUCAAGAUCAGACAUUGGCUCAAGAUUGUGACCCGGAGAAUCUUGAUCCUUCCCCUGUUCACGAUGAAUAUGCUCCGGUUAUCUUAUCUCAAGAUACCGUUUCUCAUAUUGUCUCCAUUGAUAUGAUGUCCGGAAAGGAAGACCGUGAAAAUAUUUUACGAGCACGGGCAUCUGGAAAAGGGGUCUUGACAUCUCCUUUUAAGCUAUUAAAGUCAAACCAUUUAGGAGUUGUGCUUACUUUUGCCGUUUAUAAAACUCAUCUUCUUCCAGACACUACACCUGAACAACGUAUUAAGGCUACUGUGGGGUACCUUGGUGCAUCGUAUGAUGUCCCGUCACUCGUUGACAAGCUUCUACACCAGCUAGCAAGUAAACAAACCAUUGUUGUGAAUGUUUACGACACAACAAAUGUUUCGGCAGUCAUUAGAAUGUACGGUCCGGAGGAGAUUGAUACGGGUUUACUUCACGUUAAUAGUCUUGACUUUGGUGAUCCUGCUAGGAAGCAUGAAAUGCAUUGCAGAUUCAAGCAGAGGCCGUCUCUACCAUGGACGGCGAUACUGGCAUCCGGUGGAGUGCUUAUAAUCACUUGUCUUCUUGGUCAUAUCUUCUAUGUUGCUAUAAACCGAAUCGCAACAGUAGAACACGAUUAUAGGGAAAUGAUGAAGCUCAAAACUCGCGCUGAAGCUGCCGAUGUGGCAAAAUCUCAGUUUCUUGCAACAGUUUCACAUGAAAUUAGGACCCCAAUGAAUGGUGUCUUAGGCAUGCUGCAAAUGCUUAUGGACACAAAUCUAGAUGCAAAGCAGUUAGAUUUUGCACAAACUGCCCAUUCUAGCGGAAAAGAUUUAAUAAAGUUGAUCAAUGAGGUACUUGAUCAAGCGAAAAUCGAAUCUGGAAGGCUUGAGCUUGAGGCUGUCCCGUUUGAGUUGCGCACCAUUCUUGACGAUGUUCUGUCGUCUUUCUCAACGCAAUCUCAAGAAAAGCAAAUCGAGUUGGCGGUUUACGUUUCUAAUCAACUUCCUGAAAUUGUUGUCGGAGACCCUGUGCGUUUCAAGAAGAUUAUCACAAAUCUGGUUGCAAAUUCACAUAAAUUCACACAUGAUAGAGGACACAUAUUUGUGUCUGUACAUCUAGCCGAUGAGGUGACACGUGAAACCGACAUGAAGGAUGACAUGCUCAGAAGAAUCUUGAACGGGUCAAAGUCAAACUUAGCGUGCGACACUUUAAGCGGGCUUCCUGUGGUCGACAGGAAGAAAAGUUGGGAGAACUUUGAGAACUUGAGUUGCAAAGAUUCGAUAAACGAAUUCGAAAAGAUUAAAAUAUUAGUCACUGUUGAAGAUACUGGCGUAGGAAUCCCUAUAGAUGCACAAAACCGUAUAUUCAUGCCGUUUAUGCAGGCAGACAGUUCACCGUCGAGAACUUACGGUGGUGCGGGGAUCGGUUUGAGCAUUAGCAAGCGGUUGGUCGGUUUGAUGGAUGGUGAGAUUGGUUUUGUUAGUGAACCCGGUACCGGAAGCACUUUCUCUUUUACGGCUGUUUUCAUGAAGAAAGAAACGUACUCGCUUGAUACCGUAGUACAGCAGUGUCAUCCGGCUAUAUCCGAGUUUAGGGGACUAAGGGCGUUGGUGAUUGAUCGGAAAGACAUAAGAGCCGGAGUCACAAGAUACCAUCUUCAACGAAUGGGAAUAUCCGUUGAGAUCACAUCCGAUUUUGAUUCUGCACGAUCCUUCCUGUCGGAUAGUGAUUCAUCUGAUUUUGCAAUAAUUCUUGUUGACCAAGAAGUUUGGGAUAUGGAGAGUGGUCUUGCAUUUCUUCGUGGCCUUAAAAGUAGCACAAAACUCUUUGUAUUGGCCAACCCUAUAAGCCCUACUAUAAACGACGAGAUCAAAUCAGCUAACUUGACGGCAACCUUCGUCGAAAAGCCUCUACGAUUAAGUGCCUUGAUUUCUUGCUUUCAAGAAACACUUCCGGCAGGAAACAAUAGAGUCGUAGCAAGGAAACAAUCGACUCUCGGGGAUUUAUUACGCGAUAAAAGAAUAUUGGUCGUUGAUGAUAACAUUGUCAAUAGACGAGUGGCAGAAGGCGCAUUAAAGAAGUACGGAGCUAUUGUCACUUGCGUAGACAGUGGGAAGGCGGCGUUAGAGAGGCUUAAACCUCCUCACUCUUUUCAUGCUUGUUUCAUGGAUCUUCAGAUGCCUGAAAUGGAUGGGUUUGAAGCUACAAGACAAAUUCGCAGGCUAGAGAGCACGUUUAACAUAGAAAUUAAGUCCGCUGAAGUGGGUCAUUGGCAUACGCCUAUAUUAGCAAUGACGGCAGAUGUGAUUCAGGCUACAGAUGAAGAAUGCACGAAGUGUGGGAUGGACGGGUUUGUCUCAAAGCCGUUUGAGGAAGAACAACUGUACUCAGCCGCAGCUUGCUUUUUCGAGUCUGGUUGACGAUCCAAUGGCCCAGCAUAGUGGGUCACACCAUCUGACCUAGUUAACCGGCGGGUAGGUCUAACACUCUAGUCAUAUAGCCGUGGGUUGAUCUCGUCAGAACCAGCAGCAUGACCAUGCAGCCGAAACUUGACUUUUUCUUAUCGGUCUCCUGGUCUGGCAUAGUGGGUUGCACCGACGCACUUAGCUAAACCAAAUGGUCGUAACAGUACGGUUAGCCGCAUUGCCCGUGACACAGCAUACACAUCGCUGUUCUUGUCAUGUGGUGAUGAGCAUGGAAUCGGCAUAACAAGAAAUCAUCAGCUUAUAUGAAGACUUAAGUUACCAUAUGUAGUAUGUAUGUAUAUAUGUAUGUAUGUUUGUAAAUAGCACAUUGUUAAAUACUUAAGUUACCAUAUGUAGUAAAGACAUAAAAUCUUUCUUGCUAUUACAUGGAUGUAAGAUUUAUAUGCAUAACAAUAAUAAUGUAGACAUUAUUCUAAGCAAGAUUCAAUGACUUGCUAAAUUGGUGUAUGAGUCCAAUUAAGGCUACCAACAUGUACAACUGUUUGAAACAACUCAGGCAUCCCAUGAAACACAACAUCCUUAAACUCCUUCCAUUUUGGAUCAUACUUCACCAAGUUCCCUCCUCUAUACUCCAUCAAUAUCUCCCCAUUCUUCAACACACACAAAACCCUAACCAUCUUCCCGUGCACCGCUUUCCGCCAUAUCCUAUAGUCAUGACUCAAAACUUUAGCCAAAUACGCGCCAUGGAUGUUAAAAAGCUUCGUCCACGACUCUUUAACAUCGUAUUCCUUCAUCACCCAGAUCUCCAACUUCCCAUACCCACACGACACCGCCGACGCUAGACAGUCGUCAAUCACUGCUAGGUGGUAGUUGCUGCGGUUAACCGGCUUGGAAACCAGUUUAAACUUCUCGUCUUCCAGGUCGAACGACACAAUCGUUCGACCUGGUAGCCCACCGAGCCGCCCAGGGCGGCUCACCCAAUGAAGUCUCCCAUUCACCACCACCACUUCCUUCGCUUGACGGUCGAGCUGGUACGGCACUUUCCCAAGGCAUCUCCAACCGUCCUUGCUUUCGCUCUCGUUCCCAUUCAAGUUCGGUUUCCCAAUGGUUAGCACGUUAACCUCGGAUCUCGGGUAACUCCUGUUGUUUCGGUUCAACCGAUUCGUCGUCCUGUAAUACACAAUCCUAACCACCUUAUACUCAUUCGUACCCGGAUGAAAACCAAAGCCAAACACCACUUCCUGAUCCUGAAACUGCCUACAUUUAGGUAACUCCAGAUAGUUUCGAGUAAACGGGUUAAA